UUCCCUCCAGUAAAAAUGGUUUAUACCGCCUUUCGAUGUCGGAGGCAUAACUAAAACAUCUGCAGACUUAAAAGUAAAACAAAUGCAGCAGAAAGCGAUAAAGAUCCAAAGCCGCCACCACCAUCAUCAUCAUCAUCAUCAUUGCUUCAGUCAUUAUACUCAUAGCAAUCAUCAUCAUCAUCAUCAUCAUGAAAGUUAUUUACAAUACAAAUAUAUUUAUAUUGAGUGUAGACUUUUGAUGAAGAUUGUUUUAUUUUGUCCCUGAGUAUUUGGUGUGUGGUAAUGACUUCCUUGCUGGAUAAUUAAAUUCCAUGGCUCACCAGACUAUCUACGGCGUCAAUUCUCCAGGCGUCCAUCAUUAUGGUUCCGGAUUUCCGUACGGUUUUACCCAGCCCUUCCAAAACCAGGCUAGUCUCGCUGCUAAAGUGUAUAGAGGACCUUCUAGUGCUUUACCCGGCUCCUCCGGGGGUUAUACGUAUCCUCACCCCGGGACGGACUACCGGUAUCCCCGGAAUGGACCUUCUGGAGGAUACUUCGGGUUUGGAGGGGGGUUUCCCUCAAAUCACUCGGACUACUUUACCAGAUCCUUGUCGUCAAGAGAUUCAACAUCAGACUUUAAAUUUUCUCCAGUUUCUAAUAAAGACAUUUUAUCUAAUUCCGGACUGGAAAAGCUUCCUUCCCACGAUAGGAACAUAACGUCAUCAUCGUACUCACAGCUGACGUCAUUGCGGACAGAUUCACCGCCGUCGACGUCAUCAUCACCGGUCUCGUGUACAAAAACCGAAGAUGGAGAUAACUCGGCGUUCAAGUUAGAUCUAUCGUCAAAGCCCAGGAAAGAGAGGACGGCUUUCUCUAAAAACCAAAUACGGGAACUAGAGAAAGAGUUUGGUAUCCAUAACUACCUGACCAGACUAAGGCGGUACGAAAUAGCAGUGGCAUUGGAUCUCACAGAACGACAGGUAAAAGUUUGGUUUCAAAAUCGAAGGAUGAAGUGGAAGCGAGUGAAAGGCGCACAACUCGGAAAGGACAAAAUCACAGGACAAAUGAAACCUAUGAUAAACCCACACGUUUCUGAAAAUGGCGCCAUGACGGAACCAUUUGGGGACAGCUACCCACAGACUCUAUCAGAUCUCGAAGACAAAUUCGCGGAUUAUAACUAUAAGUUUGAGAAAUCCUGUGAACCAAAACAUUCUAAGUGUUGAUGUUGUAUUGUUGUUUAUUUUUCUCUGGUGCUGAUGAAACAUUUUAUAAAGGUGUGAAGGGAGACAACUCGUGUAAAUAAAUGAAAUGUCCACCACUUCAACUCCGAUACGAAAUCUUUGUGACAAAGACCGUUGGAGUUUUGAACUGUACGACGUGGUUUAAGCCUCCUAUUUGUUACAUUUGGUAUCGGUAAUUGAUUUAUAAAUAUUGAUUACCUAUAUUUCAUGUUUUAUUAAAUGUAGACACAGA